ACAGAUACGUGAAUAAUAAAUAAAAAUUACUAUUACCCGUAUAUACUUACAUUAAGAUUUAAGAAAUUAACGAAUUAUGCUUACUGAAAUGAUAAGUACAUUAAUCGUAUGUGGGUGCCGGAUUUCUGAUAUUAUACCUAAGGUGAACAGGAAUCAUAUUCAACUACAAGCAUACCCAUACUUCUAUCAAAUGUUAUACCAUAUUUAAUAUCACGUAUCAACCAGCUGUUAUACGGUCCGGAAGGGUGGUUACUGCGGUUUGAACUGAGCGAGACUACCUGCAAACCAACCACUCGAAAAUAGUUGGCUAGUAAUUAGUAUAGGUUCAACAGAGAAUGGUGAAAAUGAAUCUACUCGAACAACGCUCCAGUCUCGGAACCUUCAUCACUGCGACGUUUGUCUGUCCGAAAAGCAAGAACUACAGGAAAUUGGAAAUUGAGAAGGGAAUUAGAAGAGGCUCUCCAAAUCCACGCACUUCAUCUAUCCGGGAAAAAGACGCGUCGCUCCGUUGGGUGACUGACUACUUUGCGGCGAGCAGCGAUUCAGCGACGUCGACAAUAUACUCCUCUCUGUAGAAGUAAGAAAGUGGAACGACAAAGAAACCGAACAGACGGCGAUCUUCGAAUCGAAAAAAAAAAAAAAAAAAAACGAGAAAAAGGAGAAAGAAGAAGAUUAUUAAAUAAAAAAAAUAAAAUAUGAACAUUGCGUGAAGAAGUGGAGUAUAACAAGUCAAGAUGGAAACCGAAGAACUCACUCGACUGGUCGACGGUAUCUACAAAAAUAUUUUGGAUAAAUUCAAUCCAGGAGCGAGGCAACUCAUCAAUGCUGGGAAAACGUACCUCAAAGCUCUACACGGUGCCGCCGCGGCGUCUCGAGCCUACGUCGACGCCUUAUCCAGGUUGGCAAGACAGGCUCAACUCGGUACUUGGGGCGGUUCCCAGGAUGUCGGUUCCGCACUGAUGAGGAUUGUUGAAGUUUACAAAGAGAUACAAGAACAGGAAAUGAACAUCUUGAAAGCCUUUUACGUCGAUCUGUUAGUACCCCUGGAAACGAAUUUGGAAAAAGACACCAAAGUUGUACAGAGUGAACAGAAGAGAUUCCUCCAGCAACACAAAACCCGUUCGGAAACGUACAGCAAAGCUGCAGCUACGAUAAAAAAACAACGUAAAAAAUCACGCGGGGCAAGUAAAAGCGGACUGGCGAUGGACAAGGAAUUAAAAAACAUGCAAAUACUUGAAGAGGAAAAAUCAAAACUCGACGCUUUCUGCGAACAGAGUUUGAAGAAUGCGAUGACCCAAGAGCGACGUAGAUACGGAUUUGUAUUAGAACGGCAAUGUUCGCUGGCAAAACAUUAUGCAAGUUUCCACGAGGUCGCUUUGGCGGCUCUUCAUCCAUCGGUAGAUGAGUGGCGCGAAGUCGCGGGAACGCGUGAAUAUCUUCCUCAAUCCGUCGAGGACAUGUUCGCGUCGAGACUGAGACAAGUGUCAUUUUGGCCCGAAGACGAAGAAAACGGUGGCUCCGAGCUAACGCUCAGUUCUCAGCUUCGCAAAACUCGUAGCAUGGACAGUUCGUGUUUAGAAUUACGUUUGGGUCCACCGCCAGGAAAUCCCCCGACGAACCAUGGCGGCCCGCUGCAUCACAUCGCCUUGUCACGCGCCCGUUCCGAAGCUAAUUUACACGCUUCAAGUCUUUCCCUUGGUCCAGAAGCUCCGGAAACACCACCGCGGCCGAGAUCAAUGGCACCGGCAUCCCGAAACAGCGGAAUCGGAGGAGGAAUAAGUAACGUCGGAGGUUGGGGAGAUGCACCUCUGGCACGUGCAUUAUUCGCCUAUCUCAGCUCAGGAGAGAAUCAGCUGAGUUUCUUGGAAGGGGAUUUGAUAGCGUUAAUGGGUGACAGACAAAAAGGUUGGCAAUUCGGCGAAAACUUACGCACUCAAAGUUCAGGUUGGUUCCCGUUGGCCUACACCGAGAUCAUAAUCGACGACACGCUCGGAUCGCCGUCCCGAGCAUCUAACAACGGACGUACACCGGAACCGAGGGUUGUACCGCCGUGCAAACCACCCCCUUCGCGACCGCCCGUAACACCGAGCAACGUCGACGACACUACGGCGAGCAAUAGCAGCCACACACCGACGAACAUGUCGAACAGCAACAGUUCGCAAAACAUAAUAACAACACCGACGUCUCGUCAAGCGAAAUCCAUCCGUCCUUCCGGUACAUUGCCGUCAGCUUUAGCCGGAGGUCGUAGAGUUCAACCACCGAUACCACCUGUACCACCGCCCCAAGCAAUUACUUCAUUGCACAGCAGUAACGACAGCGGUUUUUCGAACGAACCACCCGUACAACCGGACAUCGACUACAGCGACGACGAGGCGAUGAGACAACGUCGGAAACCCAGAGCCGAAAGAAUAGCGGAAGCGGAUAGGGUAGUUCAGCUUCAAUCGUCGUCGUCAAGAGGAGAUAACGAUAAUUCAAUGGUCAAAGAUUGGCAACAGAACAAUGAUUCUUGGAAGACAAUACCGAAGGAUGAAAAAAGUUGGCAAUUGUAUAAGAGCGCAAUGGAUUUAUGGGCAGAUGUGAAUCAAGGAACACCAUCCAACGAUGGUCAAAAUUCAUCGUCAAGAUAUCAACCAACGGCCAAUGGACGCCAUUUCGAGCGACGUGACGAAUUGGAAAAUCGUAGGAAUACCGGAUUGAAAGAUAACGGGAAUCAUCAUCAAGAUUACAACGCAAAUCCUCGCGUCUAUGCUCGUAAUUCAGUCGAAAGGACGUCUAACAAAGUGUCGGAUAAAUAUGAGAGAAACGGUGGUAUCGGUAAUCGUGAUUAUUCCAGCGAUUAUGAAAAUCAAAAAAGACCUAUGGAUCGUUCGUCCCAAGAACGUCCUAAUCCGAAUCAGCGAAACAAAUUCAACGAUGAACAAAUAACAGGGAAUACCGCACCUAGAUAUAUCCAAAGGCGUACUGCGGCAAGUUCAUCUACGGCGGCAGUCGACGAUGAUUACAGUCAUGAAAAAUCGCCAGUUUUACAGAAAUAUGGUGCGAACGAAUACACUCCAAAGUAUGAGAACAAAGCGCAAAAAUAUUACGAAGACGAUACAGAUGGUAACGAUCAAAGUUUGAAUAAUUCAAGUCACCGCGGUUACAAGCAAGUAUCUGGCGAUGAUAAUCGCAGGGAAGAAAUGAUUUUAUACAGCGAGGAAGAUAAAUUGGAGACGGAUUCCGACGAGGAAAGUAGUACGUUAACGAUACCAGAAUCUGGUAGAAAAGUUGAACACAUUGCACAAAAAUUGGAGCAAACGGCGCAGAAAUAUGCGAGGGGCUUGAGUCCGUCGAAAUUCGUCGAUAGCGGAGAUAGAAAUGUUCACAUGCACCACAACGAAUCCUACGUCAUGAAUAAAGAGGACGGUAAAAUUUCGGUUGAUAAGGAUAACGACAGGGGAUAUAACGUUGACAAGUUUACAUCAGAUAAGGAGAGAAACGUUGGAGGUACGUUGCAAAGAUAUGAUAAGGAAAAGGAUAAACUGGAUAAAGAGAGAGAAAGAAAUCUUGAAAAACAGCAUCAACAUAAUCAGGAACGAGAAAAUGAUCAGAGAUAUUUCGAGAGGCAUUCGAGCUACGAAAGAAGAGAUAAGAUAAGGAGUAGCUAUAAUAACAACAACGAUAAUAGAAAUGAGAGAAAUUUUGAUAAAAAUUCCGAAAUCAAUAGAAAUAUUACGAAAGUUGAUAGAACAGCGUCGAGUCGUCGGUACAUCGAUAGACCACGUCCACCAUUUGAAGACGCGCCAGAAAGACCUAGCGACAUUCCGUACAGAGAGAGAAGAUAUUCCGAAAAAGAAGAUAUAUACGGUGAAACAACGGCAACAACAAUGAGAUUGGGAAGGGAUUCGUCUUACACGGACAAGGAACGUGGUUACGAAUCAAAUUUUGAAACUAAAUUAGAACGCACGAAAAUAGUCGAAAAACACGGUUAUCAAAAAAUCGAUCCUAGGGCUCAAAGUCCACUGAAAUUCGAUAAAAAUGGUCAAAAAAUAAACGAUCAAAAUGAUCCGAACAACAAUACGUUGAAAAACGACAAAAAACAACGUCAAAGUAAUACUCUGGCUAGUAAUUUUAUCCAAAGUGGUAGAGCAGGUGGAAUGGGUGGUUUCGAUUCUGACGCAAACAGUGUGGGAAUGAUGAAAGGACCAAAACUAGUGAAGCGCACAAAAUCUUUCUGGCGUUUCAGACGUGAUUCCGAUGUACUCGAAGGUAUGGCGUUAUGGCAGCACAGAUCUCUCGUCGAUAUUCCGAAGAUGUUGAAAAAAGAAGAAAAAAACGAAAUAUCGGCAAACCUAAGAGAUCGUGGAGUUGAAACGGACAGAGAAAGAAUGACGGAAGAAAGAUCCCGGAAAUCGACACCGGAAGUUGCAUCAACCACUAGAAAUAGUACAGACAAGGAUCAACUAAAAUCACGCGAAAUUUCCGACAGGGAGAUACGCGAAAGAGAGCGAGAGAGAGAAAGGGAGAGAGAAAGAGAAAGAGAAAGAGAAAGAAUUGAGGAGCCAAAACCAGCGGAGAGAAUUCACAAACCGGAAAAAUCUGAAAUAUAUCAAGACGAUUUUCCAACGCCAGCUGAGAGGCCAAAAGUAACGGAAAGAUCGGAAUAUCGAAUGCACAACGACGAACGCUCGUAUUUCGUGGGUAACAUAUCGCGGAAAGCGAUAUUAGAAAAUGAACGUAAGCGUAGUCUUGAGGCAAAACAAAAUAUGGUUGUAGCAGAACUGAAAGAAUCAAACGUUGUUAAAAAAAGUGAACGAAGAAAGAAAACUUACGGUGAUGACGAUGACGGCCUCAUACAAAACUUUUCCGAAACCGAAGCAUCCGAUGAAGAAUCCACGUACAGUUGCAUUGUCGUCAAAGAUCAAGCUGUUGCUGAAAAAACUCUGCUACCAAGAACUAAAUUACGCAAAGACGGUGACAGGGAUAAAGAAAAAGAAAGGGAACGAGAACGAGAGAGAGAAAAAGAAAGAGAAAGGGAACGAAAUACAUGCGGUCCAUGGUACGAUCUCUGGGGUGUUGAUCCAUCGGUAAAAUCGAAGAAACAGUGAAUACUUAACAAAAAUCAGCACGGAAAUAAAAGAUUCUAUUUAAUUCUCACAUUUUUUUUCGUUAUGUUAUGUAAUCCACAUAUUAAGCGAUAUAUUUUAUACUCAGUAUCUAUUUGAUUUUUAUUCUAUUUAAUUAUUCUCUCGAUAUGAUCAUUACUAUUAUUGCUUCUACUCCAAGUAUAGACAGGGAAAGGUAUGGAUAAAAAUUGAAAGAAAAAAAGGAGACUUGAUCAAGAAUUUUCUGAUCAUUUUCAAAAACGUAUCUCUACCCAUGACACAUAUGUAUACACAAUUUACAUUCAUAUAAGACACUUAUUAUUCACAACGGGAAAAUAUUUACCCUUGAAAAAAAAAAAUUCAAAUACCUCGUAUACUUUUAUACCAAGCAUAUUAAUAAGAAGGGUCGGUGUUGAAUCGAGAAAUUGGCCAACGUUGGAGUAAAGGAGCAUAUUUUCCGAUACAUACACAUUUUACCACCUUUUUUUUAUUUUGCCUACCCGUAUAAUUUCUACAGCAAACGUAAUAACCGUCGCAGCACGGUCAAAAAAGAGGGGGGAAACACAUUGAAAAGUAAUUGAAACUUUGUCUAAUUACUUUACAUACCCCAUUUACACAAUGUAGGGUCACAACGAUGGAGAAUAUCCAACGUACAUUUUUUGUUCGUUAUUUUAUACGCACUCGAGCUUGCUUAUAUUUUAGUAGCAAUUAAACCCGAAACACGCUUAUUUUAUUGUUCAUUACACUUGUAGAUGACAAGAGACAAACAAAUAUGAUACAAAAACUUUCUUUCAAUUAUCAAAACCUGAAAGUACCUAAUACUUAGUUAUAGCUGUACACAUAGAUAGUAUUUAUACAUAUAUCAAUCGAGUUUAUGAAAUUUCAUUCAUAUAGUAUAUAGAGUACACAGGCAUGUGUACUGCACCAUAUUCCCCAGAAGUACUAAAAAAUACUCCGGUCCUAUACAGACAUACGUAAAUAAAAAAUAGUUACAUUGAUAAAUAGAUUUAGAAUAUAUUUAAUUAAAAAUCCGAUUCAUAAGCAUACGUACUUAAUACCCAAGAUGAUUCGUUUUCAACGUAACAGUUAAAUAUUUCGCGAGCCGAGACAGGUGGGUACGGAAAAAAAUUUCAAUCAAAAGUCGUAUGGUAGUGAAGGGAAGAAAUUAUUUUUUUUUUAAUCUCGAAAAAAGGUAGAUGUAGUUCACAUCGAUGUUAUAAAAUUUUUGUCUGAAAAUUUCAAUGCCUGUACGUCAAUUGUGGCUCGCGCAUUAUUUAACUUCGAUGAAAAGAUUUGUUAUCUCUGGUGUUGUAAUAAAAUUGAGAAAAAAAAAAGACAAUUUACUCACAUAUUACUGCAUGCUAUGGUGUCGGUACUAACAUGGGAUUAUUUCAGGGGGAACAUAUUCGCUACAGUGAAGCUACGCAAGACAAAAACUAACGAUCGAUCGGCACCUGCGUUAUCAUGAAAUACGUUACUCUUCUAAAUUUGAAAAAAAUGAAAAACCCUAACGUACAUGUAAUAACGUAAUUUCUAAAUUUUAAUUAAAUUGAGCGAGAUCUUUUCUUCUCUCACAAUAUCGUUAUUCUGUGUAUAUAAUCAGAUUUGUUCUUGAAUUAACGUGAGAGAAAAAAGAAAAUAAACUGAUAGUGAUAGUAAUAAUAUAAUAAUAAACCGACAUUCCCGUGCAUUCCGUUCACGACAUUCAUAGUAAGGUUUUCUAGAUUUUUUUGGAUUUCGUUUUUUUUCAAAACCACGCUCGUUAUUUCAUGGCUACAAUCGUGUAGCUGCAUAAAUAAAAUAUAUCUACAGGUAUAAAUAAUUCGGAGGUGUAUAGUAUAGAGAUAUAUGUAAUAGUAAAGUAAAAAUUUAUUAUUCCAUGUAGUCGCUAUAUAUUAUAGCUGAGAACAUCGGUUUAUCGAUUAGGUUUAAUUGACUAAGUGAGAUAAGAAAGAAGAUGAUUUCGGUACUAUACAUAUGAUAUGUAUACGUAUACAAUAUCCGUAUAAAAUACAUUAACUAUAAAUGAAAUCUAUACGUUCCAGCAGUUUUGAAUUUUCUUUUUCUGUUCUCUUACAUUAAUGAAUAGAAUAAAAAUCGAAUCAAACAAAUUGAAUUUAUAUACCAUUUAUAAUAUGUAUAUACCGGAAAUUAUUAUAAUUGAAUUCGUCCAUCGUUAUAUAGUUAUUGCAGCCUACAUUAGGCUCCGUGUAAACCUACGUUAUAUUAUACACUUUGUAUGAAAAACAUUGAAUGAACACGAAUAGAUAUUUAUAAAAAAAAUAAAAAGAACAAAACCGGACAGGAAUUGAAAAAUUUGUAGGUGAGUAUAUUAUAUGUAUUUGUGUAAUAAAAGAUAGUUAACCAUUGAAAUUGACAAAACGCGAUAGAAAUUCUGCAUAAUCAUGUGAAGCUGAUUAUAUUGAUGAUAAUAAUGAUUAUGGUUAAUAAUAAUAUUCUCUGCUGAAACAAUAAUCGCGGAUUUAUAAUCAUGCGAAAGGUGCUCAAUCAUAAUCGCGAUCGGCGUUCUUUCGAAUACACCAAUGAUACUCUCUGUUCGUGAACAAUAUUGUCUAGUUACAUGUCGAAUCUACCAUAUUUCAACUUGAUAUGGAGUUAUUUUUUACGACCAAAUUUCAUCCGCCCGUCAAAUGCAUCUUUCCAUCUCUUUUCGAUCUUCUCCACUCUAUCCAUCAAACUAUCACUCUCUCUGGGCUCGCGGCUUGAAUAAUUUCCAAAAUCAAUUAUCUGCUUAAUUCUGAAAAACUUUACAUAUAUGUGUAGUACAUAUACCACACCAUAUGUGAGAUGAAUCAGAACUUAAUUUCGACUUAAAAUAAAACUGAUACUGCCAGACGACCAAACGAAUAUACGAUAUAUAGAAAAAAGUUAAAUAAAAAACCUAGAAAUUUUGUCAUCGACAAAAAUGCAUCGUAUGAAAAACCGAAUAAGAGAGUAAGAAAAAUAAAUAAUUAUCGCUACGCACAUAUUUAUCGGAUAUAAAUAUGUGUUCUUAGCUUUAUAAAUUUUCAAUUUUAUAUGAAAGAUUAAAACCACAUUGAUAGAUUGAAAAAAGAAAUAUUCAUAUACAUAUUAGGAAGUGUUGCCAUAUUUGACGAAGUGCAAGCGAUAUGGAAAAAACAAUUCUUAAAACGGAAAGCUUUUUCAUCGUGUGAAUACAGAAACUCAGAAUCCGAAAUAUCGUGCUAAAAAUAUUCACGUGUAUAAGGUGCAUAUGUUCAAAGGAUGAGCCUCAGCAUUCUCAGCUCUUAAUAUUUGAACUGUAAUUCUUUGACCCUUGAAAAAAAACGCAAUCAACGUUCAUUGAAAUAUUUUCUCUCUUCUUCUUGCGAUCCGAAAACGUUCAUUUUCCCUAUAGUUGUUGAUUUACAUAAUUUUACAAGUCCUUAUAUUACAAAGUGACGCGACGCCCCUAAUUUUCAAUACUUCAACAAAUACGUAUAUAACCGAAUUUAGAUGAUGAGGUUGUCGAUUCUCAAUAAACUUCUAGCUAUUAAAAUAAUCUAAAUUUGAAUAUAUUAGAAAACUUACUAUUGUAAACUAAUGAAACCGUAAUACUAACUAUCUAAAAUAUCGAACGUUCAAUUUCUCACUUUCAAAUAAUAAUACAAAACUAAUUUAAGAAAAAGUAUCAAGAACAAAAAAUACUGUUGUAUCAUACCAAUAAUGCAAAACUGUAAUAGCAACGAAUUUCAUUCAAUUAUUGUUAAUUUCUGAUACGAAUUAAUCUUAUACUUAUAUACAUAUACCCCGUUUAUAUCAUAUUAUCGAUUAAUAUUCCCUGUUAUAUUAAAUAUGUUUAUGAUAAUGAUUGAAUAUCAAUAUUUUGGUUUUUCUGUUAAGUUUUUCCGAUCAUACUAUAUUAUAAUAAAAACAAGUAGAACCAACACAAUAAGAACACGAUUAUUUCGAUAUUUUCUCAAGAUGAAAACUUAAAGUAAAAGAAAACUUCUCCAUAUUUGUUGUAUCUAUAUAAAUACGUUGCAAUAUACGUAUACCCACGGUGAAAGCGUACCAACAACAUGAUAUUUGUAAAUACAAAAAUAUAAUAUAUAUCACUUUAUAUUACAUACACAUAAGCUUUGCAAAAAAAAAAAAAACUAAAAAAAUAAAAUAAAAUAAAAAAAAAAGGUUUCGGGCGAUUUUUGUAACUUGCAUACCAUUAUGAUACACCUUGUGGAUAAAUUAAAAAAAGUUGAUAUGUAAUAUUACAUAAAAGUUGGCAAAACAUUGAUUCAGAAAAAGAACAUUUUCAUGAAAAUAUCAUUAUGACGAUUAACAUUACAUAUGAAAAAAACCAUCCGUCGUGAAUAUAUUAUAUUAUCACUAAUUCUCGAGGAUGCAAUUCGAUUAUACUGUACACAUAAAUGAUAUUUCCUAUUAAUGAAAUGAAUGAAUAUUUGCUAACUUGGAGAGGAAAAAAUGAGUUAAUAUAAAAACAUACCUAUAGGUAGGCUAGUAAGAAAAUUGUUAAAAUUAAAAAAAUAUAUAUAUAUAUGUAAAAUUAAGCACCACAUGUAUACAUCAUAUAUACAUAGGUAUAUAUUAUAUAUAGGUAUAUUGUUAUUAAAUUAACAUUUUUGUGCGUAA